UUCUCUAUCUUCACAAACAUUUUUAGUUUCUCUCUCAAUUUCGUUCUUGCUCCCAAAGCUUCUAUCAAAAUCUUCAUUCUCCAGACCCUCAGGAACAUUCAGGAGAGACCCACAAUUUUAACAACAAAGAGAAAACCAAAUUUAUUUAAAAGUUUUUUGGAGAAUCGAAAAAAAAAAAAAAAAAAUGAGCUGCAAUGGUUGCCGUGUUCUCCGAAAAGGUUGCAGCGAGAACUGUAUCCUCAGACCAUGUAUUCAAUGGAUUGAAACCGCCGAUGCUCAAGGCCACGCUACCGUCUUCGUCGCUAAAUUCUUCGGCCGUGCUGGUCUCAUGUCCUUUAUCUCCGCCGUACCGGAUUCUCAACGUCCUGCUUUGUUUCAGUCUUUGUUAUACGAAGCUUGUGGAAGAACAGUGAAUCCAGUAAACGGAGCAAUCGGAAUGUUAUGGACUGAAAACUGGAAUAUUUGCCAAGCCGCGGUUGAAACGGUGCUUCGCGGCGGUUCUUUGAGACCGAUCCCGGAGCUUCUCACUCACGGCGGCGGAUUCGCUGGGUUUCCAUCUCCUACAUCUGAAGAAGCAUCUGAGAUCUGCACUGAGAUGUUGAAUCUCCAGCAGAAUAAUAAUAAUGAUUCAUCCGAUCGUAACAUAUACCAUCACUCUCGGUUCUCCAGCUCUAGAUCUAGAUCCACCAUGGAUUCUUCUUCUCCUCCGACGAAACGUAAGCGGGUAACAACAUCAGAACAACAACAACAACAACCAUCUUCGGAGCUUGAUCUAUCUCUGUUCCCUAAAUCAACAACGCCUUCUUCUACACGGCGGCGAUCACUAACACCGUCGAUGAACUCGGAGGACUCUGUUACGACCACGACCACGGCGUCGUUUUGUGACAAGGGUGAUGUGUUGUACGGAGGCAACGGAGGAGGUGAAACGAGCAAGCUGCUUAACCUUUUUGUUUAAUUAAUGCAAAAACGGCGUCGUGUUUUUUGUCACUGAUUUUAAUAGUUUUUAGGGUUUAAAAUGUAAUUUUACACAUUUUCUUCUCUUUUUUUUUCCCCGUGGGUAAAAAAAAUAUUGGUCCGGCGAAUUAACAACGUCGUUUUUGAAUUCUCUCGGUUUAGAGGUUUAUUAGUAUUAAUCAAUGUAAAACUUUUAUUGAGUUCAAAAUUUGAUCAUUUCGAUGGUGUGAUUUA